UCUAUUAAAGCGACACCUUCAGGUUGCGGGAAAAAUCUAGAAAAUUGGUUCUCUUCUUUAUCCUUUUGUUUUGUUUCUCUGCUCUUUUCGUUUAAUUUAAUUAAAUUAUCACCUUUUUGUUUAAAUUUGAUCAUUUGAUUAUUUUGAUUGUUACACCAACACCUAAUUAACUUGGAUUUAAAUCAUGGCUAAACCAGGGGAAGCGGAUCCAAGAUGGAUUGUUGAAGAGAGACCUGAUGCUGCUAAUGUGAACAAUUGGCAUUGGACUGAAAAAAAUGCCACCGAAUGGUCCAAGAAUAAGAUCAAAAGUCUACUCGAACAAUUAAUCAUCGAUGAACCUGGUUUAGGAUCUUGUAAGAUAACUGAGGUGACCAGUAUGGAAGGAGAAGCUUUUGCAAACAAUCGUAAAGCAAAGCUUAUUUUCUUUUAUGAAUGGGUAAUCAAAGCUAAAUGGGAAGGCAAUUUAAAUGGAUCAUCAUCGGAAAAAGCUAUUGAAGGUGAAAUUGAAAUACCCAAUCUAUCAGAGGAAAAUGAUCCUGAAGAAAUUGAUGUGCAAGUUAUUGUAAAAAAGGGUGAAAAUACUGUGGAUGGUGAUGCACUUAAAGGAUUGAUGAGGCACAAAGGAACCGAUCUGAUCAGGGAGAAGCUCACUGAUUAUAUUAAGGAAUUGAAAGAAGAUUUUGCUAAAGAUUUAAUUUUACCUACUAAAGAUUCCUCGAAAUCAGGAGAAAGUGUCAUCAAACAUUCUGGAAAAUCUCAAGUGAAAGCAAAUUCAGCCAAACUCAAUGGAAUUAACAUGAACAAGAAAAAUGAUGAAAUGAAGGCUUCAUCUGACUUCAAGUCACUUAAAAUCUCCGACAAGAUGAAAUGUCGAGCGGAAGAAAUUUUCAAUUCCUUUACUCAACGUGAAUUAGUUUCAGCUUUCACUCGAGGAGAUGCUCUCGUUGAACCUCAUGAAGGUGGAAAAUUCAGUUUAUUUGAUGGAAAUAUAACUGGUACGUUUACCAAAUUGGUUCCAAAUUCAAGUAUUUCACAAAAAUGGAUUCAAGGUUGGCCUGAAGGUCAUUUCUCAAUUGUAAAUAUAAAUUUUGACGAAAAAUCUGAUGAGACAAUAAUCUACGUUGAACAAACCGGAAUUCCAAGUACCGAUUUUGAAAGAACCGAAACAGGAUGGAAAACUUAUUACUUUGAAUCAAUCAAGAGAACCUUUGGAUUCGGUGCUGCUCUUUAUUAAUGACAAUUUAUUGAUUAAUCUUCUUCAUUGGUCACUUCAAACAAAAUCGAAAUCUUUUUCCUUCUUCCGAUAAAUCUGUUGAUACGAUAAUCUGCUUGGAAUCUUUUCACAUUAACAAUUUAUCUCUAGGCCUCUCUCUCUCUGCAAUCGAUGAUUAAUCCAUGUCUUCUUUACUCUACCAUUACCAAUAAUCCUCCUCUUCUGCAAUUUAACCUUUGCCACCAUCAGAACUUGAUCAUGAUUGAAUUUAUCAAAUCAAUAUUCUCGUCAUAACAAGUAACCUUAAGACCAUGGACCGAAAGAUCAGAACAACUGAUUUGAUCAUCUACCAGUAGCAAUAACUUUCGACAGAGAAAUUGUUUUUAAUCUAAACAACCCAAAUGCGCAAUUGAACAAUUACAACAACUAAUUAACAAUUAAUUUUGUUCCAUUUAAAUUGAAAACUGGUUAAAAUGAAACUAAAUCGGUGUAAAUCCAAUCCACUUUAAUCCAGAAAAGAGUUAAUCAAUUGAUGAGGGAAAAUAAAUUCAUAUUUUCAAUUUUUCGAAUCAAA